GGGCUUCAGGGCUGUGAGGGUAGAGGAGCCUCUCAGCGGGAGCAGGGUCACAGCCAUCCAUAAAGCUGCUGCAGCUGCCCCUCAACCUCUGAGGGACCAGAUGGUUCCUGCUAAGGCAGGCUGAGGCGCUGGCUGAGCACCAAGGGGAAGUGUGAGUCGCCAGCGCACGUGCUGUGGACAGGGGCCAGCCCAGCUCCUUCCUUUCAUCAGCUGAAAUCAGUGUUUGACUUGGAUUGGACGGGGCAGUUUCUUUGAUUCCCUCUAUUGUUCAAGCUUUAGUCAUGACUUCUGGCGAAGCUUUGGCACUGUGGAUUUCAUAAUGCUGAAAAGUGAGGAGAAGGAAGCCAGAAGAUUUUUUUUCCAAGGGAAGUCCUUUCUCUGAACCUUGGCCUGGCAUUUCUGUUGAGAAUGCAGCUCAGCUUUGUGCUCCCUCAGUCAGCCCUCAGCGUGGAAGGAGACAGAUGCACAAGAAGACAGCUGGUCAGACUUCUCAGGAGGCAUCAUUCCAGGCUGUUUGUCUUGCUGGCUGUGCUCUACAGUGGAGCGAAGAGCAGUGUUGUGCCACAGAAAAUGUAUGGGAGGAUCACGUCCCCAAACUUUCCCAAUGUCUACCCAAACCACAAGGAGAGAAUCUGGAAUAUUACUGUCCCCAAGGGAUAUUCUGUCCGUAUCUACUUUACCCAUUUCAACCUGGAGCUGUCCUACCUGUGUGAAUAUGAUUAUGUGAAGCUGAGCUCUGGUGGGAAGACCUUGGCUACACUGUGUGGAAAGGAGAGCACAGACACUGAGGAGGCUCCGGGCAACAAGACAUACAUCUCCAUGGCCAACCACCUCGUGGUGGUGUUCCGGUCCGACUACUCCAAUGAGAAACCAUUCACGGGCUUUGAGGCCUUCUAUGCUGCUGAAGAUAUUGAUGAGUGCAAGCAGCUGUUGGAUGGUGAACCCCUCUGCAAUCAUCACUGUCACAACUACGUGGGGGGCUACUAUUGCAGCUGCAGGGUUGGCUACACACUGCAUGAAAACAAGAGGACAUGCACAGCCCACUGUCAGAGUCUCGUUUUUACUGAGAGAAUUGGAGAAAUCCCUGCCCCUGACUGUCCAACACCUGAUCUCAGCUCCUGCAGCUACAGGAUCCAGAUAGGAGGCUUCCUGAUCGUGCUGCAAUUCGUGGAGACCUUUAAUGUGGAGACACACCCAGGACUGCUGUGCCCCUGUGAUGUCCUUAAGGUCAAGAUCCACGUGGUGAUGGACACUGGAGCCACUGCAGCUCGUGCCUCAGCUCCAGCCUGCAGUGACCUGCCCGUGCUGGGCUGGGCACAGUCACCCACUCAGCUAUUCCACCUGCACAGGAGCAGGUACAGCCCUGUGGCUUUCCUGGCUUUCUUUUAGUACCUCUAAGCUGGUGAGGCAGAACCACUUCACUGCAGAAUGUUCAUUUUAACAACCAAUUACCACCUUUGUUACGCUGAUUUUCAGACUGGCAAGUGCUACAGGUGCUGUUUAACACUAAGAAAACUGAAAAUGUUAUGAUAA